GGUUGGCACACAGGGCACCUCUAGUAUGAGAGGUGCAGGGAUUCUGCCUGCUUUGCAGCCAUGAAGGAGACGGACCGGGAGGCUGUUGCAACAGCGGUCCAGAGGGUUGCUGGGAUGCUUCAGCGCCCGGACCAGCUGGACAAAGUGGAGCAGUAUCGCAGAAGAGAGGCCCGGAAGAAGGCCUCUGUGGAGGCCAGAUUGAAGGCUGCAAUCCAGUCGCAGCUGGACGGGGUGCGCACAGGCCUGAGCCAGCUCCACAGCGCGCUGAGCGAUGUCAAAGACAUCCAGCGGUCCCUGGCCGACGUCAGCCAGGACUGGAGGCAGAGCAUCAACACCAUCGAGAGCCUCAAGGACGUGAAGGACGCCGUCGUGCGGCACAGCCAGCUUGCUGCAGCCGUGGAGAACCUCAAGAACAUCUUCUCAGUGCCCGAGAUCGUGAGGGAGACGCGGGACCUCAUAGAGCAAGGGGCACUCCUGCAGGCCCACCGGAAGCUGAUGGACCUGGAGUGCUCCCGGGACGGGCUGCUGCAUGAGCAGUACCGCAUGGACAGCGGGAACACGCGCGACAUGAGCCUCAUCCACAGCUACUUCGGGAGCACGCAGGCGCUCUCGGACGAGCUGGCCAAGCAGCUGUGGAUGGUGCUGCAGAGGUGCCUGGGCACUGUUCGCCGGGACCCCACCCUGCUGGUCUCAGUCGUCAGAAUCAUUGAAAGGGAAGAGAAAAUCGACAGGCGCAUACUUGACCGGAAGAAGCAGACUGGCUUUGUGCCUCCAGGGCGGCCCAAGAACUGGAAGGAGAAGAUGUUCACCGUCCUGGACAGAACUGUGACCACGAGGAUUGAGGGCACGCAGGCAGGCACCAGGGAGUCCGACAGGAUGUGGCUUGUUCGCCACCUGGAGAUCAUACGGAAGUACGUCCUGGAUGACCUCAUUGUCGCCAAGAACCUGAUGGCCCAGUGCUUCCCUCCCCAUUACGAGAUGUUCAGCAACCUCCUGCGCAUGUACCGCCAGGCCCUGAGCACACGCAUGCAGGAGCUCGCUGCGGAAGACCUGGAAGCCAACGAGAUCGUGAGCCUGUUGACAUGGGUCUUGAACACCUACACGAGUGCGGAGAUGAUGGGCAACGCGGAGCUGGUCCCGGAGGUGGACGCCAGCAACCUGGAGCCUUUGCUUUCUCCGAACGUGGUCUCUGCGCUGCUGGACACGUACAUGUCGACGCUGACUUCGAACAUCAUUGCCUGGCUGCGGAAGGCCCUGGAAACAGACCGGAAGGAUUGGGUGAAGGAGACUGAGCCUGAAGCCGACCAGGACGGCUACUACCAGACCACGCUCCCCGCCAUCGUCUUCCAGAUGUUUGAACAGAACCUUCAAGUCGCUUCUCAGAUAAGUGAAGAUUUGAAAACGAAGGUACUAGUUUUGUGUCUUCAGCAAAUGAACUCUUUCUUAAGUAGGUACCGGGAGGAGGCGCAGGUGUACAAGGAGGAGCACCUGAGGAACCGGCAGCACCCGCACUGCUACGUUCAGUACAUGAUCGCUGUCAUUAACAACUGCCAGACCUUCAAAGAAUCCGUAGUCAGUUUGAAGAGGAAGUAUCUGAAAAGUGAGGGGGAAGCAGGUGUGUCCCUGAGCCAGCCGAGCAUGGACGGGCUUCUGGACGCCAUCGCCAAGGAGGGCUGUGGCAGCCUGCUGGAGGAGGUCUUCCUGGACCUGGAGCAACAUCUCAGUGAACUGAUGACAAAGAAGUGGCUGUUAGGCUCGAACGCCGUGGACAUCAUCUGUGUCACCGUGGAAGACUAUUUCAAUGAUUUUGCCAAAAUUAAAAAGCCUUAUAAAAAGAGGAUGAUCGCCGAGGCGCACCGGCGUGUGGUGGUGGAGUACCUGCGGGCCGUCAUGCAGAAGCGCAUCUCGUUCCGGAGCGCUGACGAGCGCAAGGAGGGUGCCGAGAGGAUGGUCCGCGAGGCCGAGCAGCUGCGCUUCCUGUUCCGGAAGCUGGCGUCUGGGUCUGGGGAGGAUGUGGACGGGUACUGUGACACCAUCAUCGCCGUUGCAGAAGUCAUCAAGCUCACGGACCCUUCUCUGCUCUACCUGGAGGUCUCGACUCUGGUCAGCAAGUACCCAGAUAUCAGGGACGAACACAUCAGUGCCCUGCUGGCCAUGCGUGGGGACGCCAGCCGGGACAUGAAGCAGACCAUCAUCGAGACGCUGGAGCAGGGCCCAGCCCAGGCGAGCACAGACUACGUGCCCAUCUUCAAGGACAUCGUGGUUCCCAGCCUGAAUGUGGCCAAGCUCCUCAAGUAGCCAGUCCUGACCCACCUUGGGUGUCGUCCGGGGCAGCCCAGUGAGCAGGGCUCGGGGAGGAAUGCCCUCCUCACCUCUGCACUGUGCACACACAUCCGAAACUGCUCAAUAAAGAGUAAACUGCAGGGAAACAA